UAUGAGGUGCUGCGCCGCCCCAGCGCAUCCAGUUAGUUUGAUAACCAUUUUUUCUGAACAUUCAUUGAUUUUGAAACAAACUUUAGCAUUAAAAUCAAUUAUCCGAAGCACUAUAUCCUCGAACGGUGUCGAACAUUCUCUUCCCCUCUCCUCCCCUCCCGCCCCUCCCUCACUUUCCUUCCACACCGUGCCUUCCACAUUUUCCCAGGCAGGUUGGGGCGAAAGUGGCGCACGCUGCAAGCACAUUGCAGUGGAACCUCUGGAAAGUUUGCUGAGUGUUAUUAGUAUUUUUCGUAAUAUUGAUAAUCUUCUCCUCAAUUUGAUUGCUUCCAGCAUCGUUAUUGGCGUGGGCCACCAUGUCGCACCAGCACCGCUACAAGAACACGGGCCUGGACUCGGCCGAGAUGCGCCGCCGCCGCGAGGAGGAGGGCAUCCAGCUGAGGAAGCAGAAGCGUGAGCAGCAGCUCAACAAGCGCCGCAACGUGACACUGCCAGAGCUGCAGGACGACGAGGUCUCCUCCACCGGAACGGAGGUGCCACAGCCGACCAUCACCAAGGAGAUAGUAGACGCGCUGUACAGCAGCGACCUCGACCAGCAGACGGAGGCCACGCACAAGUUCCGCAAGCUGCUGAGCCGCGAGCCGAACCCGCCCAUCGACGAGGUGAUCCGUGCCGGCAUCGUGCCGCGCUUCGUCGAGUUCCUCAAGGUGGACGACAAGCGGCUCCAGUUCGAGGCGGCCUGGGCGCUGACCAACAUCGCGUCCGGCUCGUCGGCUCAGACCCGACGCGUGGUCGAGGCGGGCGCCGUGCCGAUCCUCAUCGGUUUGCUGCAGUCGCCGCACGAGGACGUGCGCGAACAGUCCGUCUGGGCGCUGGGAAACGUGGCUGGAGACUCCCCCGAGUGUCGCGACUAUGUGCUCGAGCAGAAGAUGCUGAUGCCGCUGCUGCAGAUCCUGGCCAACGACUCCCAGCGUCUGACGCUGAAGAGGAACGCCGUCUGGGCGCUGAGCAACCUGUGCCGCGGCAAGAACCCGCCGGCCGACUUUGACAAGGUGUCGCCGUGUCUGCCGGUGCUGGCGCGCCUGCUCUUUGACGCCGACUGCGAGGUGCUGGCUGACACGUGCUGGGCGCUCGGCUAUCUCUCCGACGGGCCCAACAACAAGAUCCAGGCGGUCAUCAACGCCGGCGUGUGCCGCCGCCUCAUCGAGCUGCUCAUUAACAGCGAGCAGUCGGUGGUGAGCGCGGCGCUGCGUGCCGUCGGCAACAUCGUCACCGGAGACGACAUGCAGACUCAGGUGAUCCUCAACUGCCAGGCGCUGCCGUGCCUGCUCUUCCUGCUCAGCUCGUCCAAGGAGAACAUCCGCAAGGAGGCCUGCUGGACCAUCAGCAACAUCACUGCCGGCAACAAGGCGCAGAUCCAGGAGGUGAUUGACGCCAACAUCUUCCCGGUGCUGAUCGAGAUUCUGUGGAGGGCCGACUUCCGCACGCGCAAGGAGGCCGCCUGGGCCAUCACCAACGCCACCACGGGCGGCACGGCCGACCAGAUCAAGUACCUGGUGCAGCAGAACUGCAUCCCGCCGCUGUGCGAGCUGCUCACCGUGAUGGACCCCAAGAUCAUCCAGGUGGCGCUCAACGGCCUGGUCAACAUCCUCAAACUGGGAGAGGCCGAGGCCAAACAGUCGGGACAGAACCCGUACGCCGUCAUGAUCGAGGAGUGCUACGGUUUGGACAAGAUCGAAUUCCUGCAGUCGAACAAGAACCAGGAGAUCUACCAGAAGGCGUUCGACAUUAUCGAGACGUACUUUGGCAGCGAGGAGGAGGUGGCCCAGGUUGCGCCGGCCGACUCUCACGGCGAGUACGAGUUCUCGGCGCCCAGCGACGCGCCCACCAACAUCCAGUUCUAGCGGCGCCCCUCGCGCGUCCUCUAGUCAGCCGGUGGCCGCCCCCGACCGACCGACCGUGGCGCCAUGCGCGCGCCACACGCAAACUGACUGUGAUACACUGAGAGCAGCGCGUGCCUGACGUCCGAGUGCUGACUGGGAGUGAGUGGCUGAGUGGGAGUGUCUGAGUGAGCGCCUGCGCGGACCGGACGAGUGUGAUGCGGACGAACGCGGGUACUGGCAGGCGGGACGGGCCCGCCUGUCUUCUCUCCCCUGUGUUUGUGUGCAGUGUGCGUCUGUGGGACUGAGUGGAAUACGGCCGGCCGUGACGCGACGGGCCUGUUUUAUACGUGUGUCUGCCGCGCGCCGGCCGCUGAGCGCGGACCGGCGGUCUCUGGGUGAGGGUGAGUGAGCGGGGAGUGCGGUGGUGAGUGAGCUGGUGAGAGGGGCCCGCCGACGGGCCGAGUUGACACAGUGACGGACGGACGGACGGACCUGCGCGGCACAGCCGGGGGCUGCCGCGACCGACGCCACCCUGCCGACGUUUUACCCCCGGAGCCGAGCGGCGCGCCGGAGCCGAGCGGCGCGCCGGCGCCGGACCAGCGGCUGGACACGGUCCGACCGCCGGCAGCGCCGCUCCACGGUCUGAUAACACAACGUCGAUUUUGUUAAUAAUUUAUGGAGAUAUUUGCACGAUUGUAAGACUUUUCUUUGUGCCUCAAUAAACGUUUAAUCCAUCUGUUCGCCAGAUGUUUAAGCUAUACUUGUUUUGUGUUCUCGCAUCAGUAACAUUCAGCGCCUGUAAGGCUACGUGAGUUGUUUCUUGUGGACGGCGUAAACUGGCUCCGCGGGUAUAUCGUUUCAAUUCUGCGCGUUUCAAUGCUGCGUAACUUUUCUGUGCAUACUUGUUUCGGUUAAAUCCGCCCACCGUGUCUACAGCAUCCUGUAUUGUAUUCAAAGCUCUGUAGCCGUGGUAGCCUAUAGUUGUAUGGCUAAUCGGUCUGUAAAAUGGCACGGUGUUGCAGCUUGGCGUUUAUCUCGCGCUCUUGGAACAUUGUCACCAGUGCGACUCCGUGGUAACCUUGCUGCCUCUCGGAAAUGCCGCCAGAGGUUGGUGGUAUUCGAGUAUGAGUGCAGAAGACUGGUGUUCUGGAAACUCACAUUAUCAUGGUCUCCCUGGGCUGUCUGGCGCUUAAAUCGUCAGUUCUUCUGACUCUAAUAGAAAUUGUUGCAACGUCAUUUGAGAUGCCUGGGAAGUGAACUUACCGUGUUUGGCAAUAAUAUAAAGUUCACCGAU